AUAGAUUUUAGAUAUAAAUCAUGAUCUUGUAAGCUAGAGUGUAUUUGGAGAUUUUAUGAUAUGAGAGCAAAUUUGAUCUUCAGAUUGUGAUGGUAUCAGAUUGUGGUGUGAUAAGUUCCGAGCCUUGUGCAUUUGUGGGUCCCUCUCACGAGUGCACGGCGACUGUCGCGUCCCCGGAUUUGGGUUAUAGGGCGUGACAGAUUUUGUGGUAUCAAAGAUUAGGUUUAAAUUAAGAGCUUAGGAUUAAAUUAAGCGCCUCUAGAUUGAGUGGCAUCAGAGCAGAUUGAGUGGUAUCGAGCUUAGGUUUAAUUAAAUACCUAGGUUUAAUUGAAUACCUAGGAUUUGUUUAGAACUUGGCUAGCCAAUGGAUUUUAGAGCCGUGGUAAGAUGAGUGAUGGGGUUAUAUAAGGGACGAUUCUGAUUCAUGUUACCUGAAUUUUCUAAUCCAUUUUAAUGAGAUGGUAAUCUGAUUGUUCUUGUUUCCUACCUUCAUACCCUGUGUAGCUUCAUGAAAUUAAUUUUGUCCGCCAUGUUUUUAAGACCUUGUUUUGAAACUUGGUCUUUCUGAUAGUUUGCACUUGUUUAGACUUGUUACUUGAAUAUAAUUUUUUGUAUGCUCUUUUGCCACAAUCGUAAAAUCUGGGGAGUUGCAAAGAUCUUUUGCUAUUGAUCCUGUUGAUCUCUACAGCAUAACAGGUUGAGAAAUUUGUUCUGUUUGUCACAUGACCAGUGGAAGAUGGACAACCCUCUACCUUGUAAGAGAUUCAAGGCCAUUUAGAAAAUGUUGUGUUCUCUAGAUGCGUUUUAGGAGCUGGAUAACUCGGUAAUUUCGCUGCUCAUCAUCUUUUUGAAAGUCUUAUAGUGAAGUUUCACUUUUUCCAUUUGGAGCUUCAUGGUGUUUUCAUGUGGCUCAUUUUUCUAUAUUGGUUAAUCAAAAACAAUGAUCCAUUCAAUUGAAAUUGCCUUGUUUUUGUGAAGAUUGGCAAGCUGUCAUAAAGUUAAACUCUCUAUUGUUGCCAAUCUGUACAUUCUUGAUACUUGAAAAUUGCUUGAAACUCUUGAAAUCCGUCUUGAAUUUUUCUUGAAAUUGUUUUGUACUUAUUCUUGAAAUUGAA